AUGCGAAGACUGCAACGCCACUGGUACGAGGAUGACCUGUUGGACCCGGUCACCAGAAAGCGUAAGCAAGUUACGAUUGAAGAAAUCGCAGAAGCCAGUGCCAUCAUCGAAGCUAUCUUCACAAAGACUGAAGAAAUAUCAGGUCUUGAAAUCGACCUCAUCACCAGCCCAUACGAUUCUGUUGCUCACACUGCUCCAACUCCAAUCAAGAAGAAGGUCCCCGAAGAAGAGAAGCCUGCUGAGGAGAAACCAGCAGAAGAACAGAAGCCUGCUGAGGAACAGAAGCCUGCUGAGGAAAUGAAACCUGCAGAGGAAGUGAAGCCACUGGUAGACCGCACAACUGUCGAGCGUCACCCGCAACGACAAGGUUACUAUUCGAAAAGCACUUCGGCACCCCUGGAACGCCAGGCCCACACCCAAGCCUACUCUUCCACAAAGACUGCAAGAACUACCCAGUCUUAG